CAUCAAGGGCUUCAAGGUGUACGCUGUCUACGAGGAGCCCUGGUGGGCGACGAUGCUCAACCUGACCGAGGGGUACUUCGCCGACGCGUCGCGGCAGAUGCGGAGGCCGGCAGGGGGCCAUCUGGGCGCGGGCGCGCUCGAGGUGCUGUACGCAUACACGCAGGCUGCCAACGGAACGUUCGAUUGGUAUCUGCGGUUUCGCCAGAACCUGACGGAUCCGCUCACGGUUUCCGAGGAUCCAGAGCUACUCUCGGUGCUGCACGCGCGCCUCAUGGCUUUUCACGCGGGCAGCUUCUCGCAGAGGGGCAUCAACAGCUCGACCGUAGGCCCGCCCGUGAAGGUCGUCAUGGGGUUCUGGGACAGCUUCAGGGCGACGUCCUCGUUUCUGAGCAACCCGGAGCCGGUCAACAUCUAUGCCGAUCAUCCCGGGGGCCGACCGCAGAGGUGCCUGCAGAACGUCAGCGCCGGCGAGUACCCAGAGUACGACGUCUUCCUCGCGAACAACGACUACUUCUAUGAGGGGCUCUCGGGCGCGCGCUGCUGCUGGGCGGAGAACUCACUGAAGCCGAUGGAGAAGCUGCUGCGCGACCGCUUCGCGCUGGGCAGGCCCGCGUGGCUGAACGAGGGCUACUACGAACGCGACGUCGUGGGGUACGGCCCCGGGCCUUCGGCCACGCUCGCAGCGCUGCUGGUGUGA